CCAAUGGUGUUCCAAUGAGGUUAUUUUGAGGGGCUUGUGUUAUCAGCUGUUGUCUUGAGUCCUGUUGGACCCUCCUCACUCCUCUCUUUCUCUCGGCUGAAACUGUGGACUGGCUGUCUCAUUGUCCUCCUUUUCCAGUUGAACUGAACAGUCGCAUAUGCGAUGAUGGAGGGCAGUGGCCAGACCUCUGAAAACACCAAUGAACAAGUCAAUGGCACCGAGGAGCAGCCAACAGACCCCAUGGAGGUCUUCAGCAGGCAGCUAGAAGAUAUAAUUAACACCUAUGGCUCAGCAUCCAGCUUGAUGGAGGAGCAGAUUUCCAUCCUGGAGACUAAGGAGAGAGUGGAGGAGGAGGAGUCAAAAGCUGAUGAAGAGGCUGCUCCCAAAGAAGCUGAAGCCAGCCAAAUGAAAGAGCAGAAGACUGAUAAAAAACUCCUCAAGGGCCUGGGUAAAGAGGCCACAUCCUUAUUGCAAAGUCUGAACAAGCUCAGCUCACCAGAAGAUAAAGUGGAAAUGGUGUUGAAGAAAUACACAGAGCUGGUGGAAGAACACAGAUCUGAGAAGAAACAGCUGGAGCAGCUUCUGCAGAGGCAGGGUCUUCUGGUCAAGCAGAGAGAUCAGCUCCAGUUUGAGCACAGCCGUGCCAUCCUGGCCCGCAGCAAGCUGGAGUUGCUCUGCAGAGAGCUCCAGAGACAUAACAGGACACUGAAGGAGGAGAGUCUGCAAAGGCUGCAGGAGGAUGACUUGAAGCGGAAGGAGCUCACCACUCAUUUUCAGAGCACGCUAGUGGACAUCCAGGCUCAGAUCGAGCAGCACAGUAGCCGCAACAACAAGCUGUGCCAUGAGAACAGCGAGCUGGCCAACAAACUCAAGACCAUCGUAGAUCAGUACGAGCUCAGAGAGCAGAGUUUAGAGAAGAUCUUCAAGAACCGAGAUCUACAGCAGAAACUGUCCGAUGCCAAACUGGAAGAAGCCAACAUGCUACUUAAGGAAGCCGAAGAGAAGCACAAGAGAGAGAAGGAAUAUUUGCUUAAAGAGGCAAUUGAAAAAACAAAGAAAUGCUACGCAAUGAGGGAGCAGGAGUUACAGAUGAAGAAACAGCUUGUGUUGUACUCCCAGAAGUUUGACGAAUUCCAGGGUACACUGGCAAAAAGCAAUGAAAUUUAUGCCACUUUCAAACAACAGAUGGAUAAGAUGACAAAGAAGAUGACAAAGCUGGAAAAGGAGUCAAAUACAUGGAAGACACGGUUUGAAAGCUGCAACAAAGCUCUUGUUGAUAUGAUAGAAGAGAGAUCUGAAAAGGCAAAAGAGUUUGAGCUCUUCACUUUGAAGAUUGAUCGUUUGGAGACUUUGUGCCAAGCCUUGCAGGAUGAGAGAAAAGUCCUGUACAGCAAGAUUAAAGAAAUCCGUUUUCCAGAUCAGGCCGACCCAGCACCUGCCUUGGACACGCCUCAAGAAGAUGAGUUUCCAGAGCUUGUCCAACCUUCUAUGCCAGCUCCAAAUCCUUCUCUGACCGCUGAGAUGGAGAGAUUGCGAGAGGAGCAGACCCGCCUGCAGGAGUUUGCAGCCUCCUUGGUGACUCCCAUAACAGAUGACAUUGGGGAAUCGGACAGUGAGGAAGAGGAGGUAUCCGAGUCUCAACAAGAGAUCCCAGCAAUUCCUGAGGUCCCCCAACCUGAGUCCACCAAUCAAGCAGAUAAAUCGGUAUUCAUACAAGAGGAAACUUCUACCACUGAGGAAAACAAACCACAAGAUGUUGGAGUAAAUGAAGACAAGCCUUUGCCCACAGAGCUUGAACCAGCCCAAACUGAGACAGAAUCCAAACCUCCUCAAGAGCCUCCACAACCAGAGAUCACAGAACAACAGACAGGAAAACAAGAGCCAGCCCAAGAGGAACCAAGCCAAGAACAAGUGGUAAAAAUAGAACCAGUCAAACAAGAGACCGUCAAACAAGAAUCUACUAAGCCAGAGCCUGUCAUAAAAGAAGAGGCAGUACAAGAAGAGAACAAAUUUGAAGCUGUUAAAUCUGAGCUACCUGAAGCAGACUCACCCAAACAAGAGCCCCUCAAAGAGGAGGAUGUUCAGAAAGAGGAAGCUGCUGAGGCACAAGCAGCAAAACCUAAAGCCCCAAAAUCUCAAGAGGUCAAACCAAAGGCCAGCAAACCCCAGCCUAAAAAACAAGGUCCUGCCAAGAAGAAAGGUUCUGCUAAGGGUGUGAAGAAAAGCUAAGCCAAAUCAUACAUACUAGGUGCACCAUAUAGAAUUUUCUAUAUUUUCUAAAUCCGUUUGUUUUAAUGUAGUUGGGGUGUUUUGCUGUUAACAAGUUGCAUUUAGAAGAUGACAGACUGGUCAUAAGCCACUUUCCUUUAAGAAAGUUUACUUUAAGAAUCCUCUUGGCUAUCUUUGCAUAGCUUUCUGAAUGUAGUAUGGACUUUUUCAAAUUGCACUACAUUUCCCUGCCAUUAAAUAAAGGUCUACUUUCGACAGUCCUAAAGUGUACUUUUUCACAAAAUCAAAGACACAAGUUACAGUUAUAUGACGGCAAAUUACACUCCAUUUUUACCAUUUCAGUAGAAAAUGUUAGGGCUACGAAAAAGUGUUCUGGUUACUGGUUACCAGAGCAUUGCUAGGUGGUUGCUAGGGUGUUCUGGAUGAUUGUUUAUAGGCCAAAGAAAAAAAAACUAACCCAGCAAGUCUCUAUGGUAUUCCUUCUGCUCUCUAGAUACAGCUCAGCUCCCAUCUUUAAUGUCAGACCAGGUCCACAGUAAUCCUUGGUUUUUUUGUUUUUUUUUGCUACAUUUAUGACUCUCAUCCACACUGGAAUGGUGUUUUCCUCUACCAAAAAUGGAAUUUUUCUCUCCAUAACCACAUACUUGGAAAAUUAGUGCUUGAAGUGGGUGGGUACUCACCGGUACACAGUAUCUGCACUUCUGUAAAUUUGCCUACAGAGUUUUCUUUCUCAGAGUCUCCCGGGACGAUGUCAUUUCUUAAUUUAAUGUAAUGUCAGUGGAUGAAUUCAGUGCAACCCGCCAGUCACUUUUAUCUGCCCCUCUGACUGAUUUUGAGAAAUCCAAGCACUCUCUGUGCAAAACUCAGCGGUGAGUUUAACAACACUCAGCAGCGCGUACUACAGCAUCAGCGGUUGUCAAGAAUCUGCGUGUUUAAGCUUGUCUGGGCAUAGUUUAGUUACACUGCUCUCGAAAACAUGAACCAGCAAAUUUUAGGUGAGCACAUUUUAUUGCAUUUUACUCAAUCAAACAUAUUUAUGGAUAUUGCAUAGCCGCUAGGUGCAGACAAAACCACUGACCUAAACAAAAUCUGUCAACCCGAACCUUCAAAGUAAAUACACAGAAAAGUUUGCUUUUAUUCUCCAUUCUUCAAGUGUUAAACAUGCAUGUCAUCAGUUCAGGGUCUGUGGUGCUCGUUAAAAGUGAUAACGUGAAGCAUCACUGAACCUGCAUACAUGCAUAUCUGCUUGUGUUUAUUUACAGAUGUGUGUCAGCAUUCACAAUCCCAAACAUCAACAAAUCAGUUUGUUCUCUGUUUAUUAUGGUCAUCUGCACAAGUAUCUGGCUCUUGCACAAAUUCACAAUAUAUGCAGGACAAGGAAAACUUUAUUUUCCCCUCACUGAAUAGGAGGUUAAUAGAGAAAAAGAAAGAACAGACAUCGCUCUCUUUUUAGUUUUACAUUUAUUUUAUGUAAAAAGACAGUUCUACAUUAGAUUGCCAUUGUUUUCUUAUGUGGGUUGACAUUGUCAAAGAUACAGACUUUAGCAAAUCUAAAUAAGAUCUAAACAAUAAUCCUACUUUGGUAAACAUUGCUUUAACAAAUUAUGUUUUUAUAUUCAAAGUAAAUCAAAACCUGUUAGCCAUUUGAGGGUGUGAGGUCAUGUCUGUUCUUCAGCCAGAUCUUAAAAAUGUUAAUGAAGUCCCCUAUUUUAAUUUACAUAAAUACUUAUUAUUAACAGUAUUUUGUUUUCCAUGUUUAACAUGUUAGUUACAAUGAAAGUGUUAGGAAAGAUAAAUACGAUCUGGAUAUUAUCUUGCCCCUGCAACAAAGUAGUUGAAGAGCCCUCCCAUAUAGUAUAAACCGCCAAAUGUAUUUUUUGUCAAAUGUUUUUAUUUUUAAAGGUGCACUCGGUAAUUUUUUCCCUCAUUUAAACAGUUUUACUUCUAAAGAAACAUAUAUUGAAACAUAUGUAUGAAAUCUUGAUCACUCAUGUGAGAUGAAGAGUUUAGUCAUAUCAGUAACUAUUGAUGGGUCGUUCAUGGGUCGUUCAAUCAUUUUGAACGAAUACUUUAUGUGACUCAGAAGAACGAGCAGUCACAGAGAGUGAUUUGUUCAUUUUGUGUUGGCUGUGCAUGCACAUUGCGCAACCUCUGUUCAUUUGUUAGGUGAAAAACGCAUAGUCACUGUACAGGGAACAGAAAUUAUUAGUUCACCUUUCAACUCUUUUGGUCCUAGUCGUUCAUUCUUUUGUCACGUGACAGCCGUAUACGCUUUGCUCACAC